AUGUUCAUGUGCUGGUCUAAGCGACCGCGGGUGUCUCUUUUCCAGAGGUGCCCCCCCUCCCCAGUGGUGUGCCAUGCUACAGGCUUCUACCCUGACAGGGUGGUGGUGUUCUGGAGGAGAGACGGCCAGGAGCUCUAUGAGCAGGUGGACCCCGGGGAGGUCCUCCCCAACCACGACGGGACCUUCCAGGUCAGCGUGGACCUGGACCUCACGGCCGUCCCACAGGAGGACUGGGGGAGGUACGAGUGUGUGGUCCAGCUGAGAGGCAUCGAGGACAUCUCCACCCCCCUGGAACCCGCCCACAUCAGGACCAACGGGGAGCUGAAGGGAACGGAGUUGGGUUUUCUCUGAUUGACCGUCUGCCCGUGCAUUUCUCCUGUUGACAUUACAUUUUCCCGUCCAAGAGCCGUAUUGAAUUCCUAUUGGUCCAGACCGGCCUCUCCCUCGUGAUCCGUCUCUUGUUCGCAGGUUUCCUGGUCAGUGCGUCUGA